AUGUCCAUCAACCCGGCGCAAGAGGUCACACAAGCUCGCAGCGAUGGCAAAGUGCAUCUCCUGUUGGCUGCAUCCGGAUCUGUAGCGACCAUCAAAAUCCCCAACAUUACCAAGGGCCUGUCACAGCAUCCCAACUUGUCCAUCCGACUCGUGCUUACCAGCUCUGCUGCUGAAUUCCUCCAAGGCCAGGCCGAAGAGCAGCCAAGCCUCACAGACAUUCGCAACUACCCCAACGUCGACGCAAUAUACACGGAUGAGUCUGAAUGGGUGCAGCCAUGGACUCGAGGAGCCCCGAUUCUGCAUAUUGAGCUCAGGAAAUGCAAGUCACUCAAUAUUGUCUCACUUGAUGAAUAA